ACGAAUGUAGCUUCUAAGGAAAACAGACUUUUUUUGUUUGAAGCAUCUUUCCAGCCGAUGUGUGAACGUAUCUCCUUGCACUGGUUUUGUCUCUUUUGCUUGACAGCUGGUAAAGCUGCGAUAUGGAGCACAUCCGAACGCCAAAGGUUGAACAGGUAAAGCUGCAGGACCGAUUUAGCAACAAGUCCAUCACAGGAACCUUGUAUCUGACGGCCACACACCUUAUCUUUGUGGAGAGUAACUCUACCAGUGCUCAAGAGAUAUGGAUCUUACACCAUCACAUCGCGUCUGUGGAGAAACUUUCUCUGACCACCACUGGCUGCCCCCUGGUCAUCCAGUGCCGGAACUUUCGGGUUGUCCACUUUGUGGUUCCACGCGAGAGAGACUGUCACGAUGUCUACAGUUCCCUGCUGCGACUGCUCAGGCCAGUAUCCUAUGAGGAGCUCUAUGCCUUUUCCUAUAACCCUAAGCAGAAUGACGAGCAGAGGGAGGAGGGCUGGCAGCUCAUUGACCUGGCUGCCGAGUUUGAGCGAAUGGGCGUGCCCUGUGACCAAUGGCAACUGACCGACGUUAACAGGGAAUACAAGGUGUGUGAAACAUAUCCCAGAGACCUGUAUGUGCCCAUCACGGCCAGCAAACCAAUUAUCGUCGGGAGCUCAAAGUUCAGAAGCAAAGGGCGCUUUCCUGUCCUCACAUAUUUCUACCAGGAGAAGAAGGCCGCUGUGUGUCGAUGCAGUCAGCCUCUGUCGGGUUUCAGUGCUCGUUGCCUGGAGGAUGAACACAUGCUACAGGCCAUCAGCAGAGCCAAUCACAACAGUCGCUUUGUCUACGUUAUGGACACGCGGCCUAAGCUGAAUGCACUGGCGAACCGAGCAGCAGGAAAAGGUUACGAGAAUGAGGACAACUACUCCAAUAUUCGCUUCCAGUUCGUGGGCAUUGAGAACAUUCAUGUCAUGAGAGCCAGUCUGCAGAAGCUUCUGGAAGUGGUGGGUACUCGCGCUCUCUCUAUGACUGAUUACCUGCAAGGCCUGGAAAACAGCGGCUGGUUACGCCAUAUUAAGGCUGUCGUUGAUGCCGCCAUCUUCCUCGCCAAGGCUGUGACGGUGGAGGGGGCCAGCGUGCUGGUACACUGCUCAGACGGGUGGGAUCGCACGGCUCAGGUCUGCUCUCUGGGAGCCCUGCUGAUGGACCCCUACUACCGCACCAUCAAAGGUUUCAUGGUGCUGAUUGAGAAAGACUGGAUCUCAUUCGGGCACAAGUUUGCUGACAGGUGUGACCAGUUAGAUGGGGACAGUAAAGAAGUAUCCCCAGUGUUUACACAGUUUCUGGAGUGUGUGUGGCAGCUGACAGAACAGUUCCCUCAAGCCUUUGAGUUCAGUGAGUGGUUCCUCAUUCAGAUCCAUGAGCAUGUGCACUCGUGUCAGUUUGGCAAUUUCCUGGGGAACAACCAACGACAGAGAGAGGAACUUCAGAUAAAGGAGAGGACCUAUUCUCUGUGGGCUCACCUUUUGAGCGAGAAGCAGAACUACCUGAACCCUUUGUACAACCCCAUCCUUGCGGAGACAAACCCAGUUCUGGAACCUUCCACCCAGCCUUGUUUUUUCAAGUUCUGGAGGAAUAUGUAUCACCAGUUCGACCGCUCCAUGCAUCCACGACAGUCCAUCCUCAAGCACAUCCUCACGCUGACCGAGAACAACAGGGAACUGGAAAAAACAGCCCAAACCCUGAAAGCUAAACUUCAGAAGCUGGGGGUUAGUACCUCCCCGUUGGGACUGUACACCCCCUCCCGGGAACGGGCUCUCCCUCCCCGACCACAGUCCUUGAUUCUGGGGGCUCCUCUCAGUCGGAAGGAGGCGCAGCAGGACGAGGAGGAAGAGGAGGCGGUGUUUGGAGAAGAAGCGCGGGAGGACGAACCUCCCGGCAGUGACGGGGAGCGGACAGUAGAGGGCAGCAGUGCCACAGAGAACGGAUACCCAGAGCUGCAGGGCACGUUCGAGUCAAAGAGCGAGCCAGCUAUAGUCAGCCUGGAGUUUGGAGUGGCCAGAAUGACCUGCUGAGGCCUGCAGGGAUACUGGAGUUCAUGCAUUACUGGAGGAAUGGAGAUUUUUGGAGACGUUGGGUUCAGUGAGGAAGGACAAAGAGAGAGAG